CGACCCAAGUAAGCGUAAAAUGACUGAACAUGGUGAAGUUGUCAUGUUCUGCCAAAAGUGAUCCUAUGGCUUAGCAAUCAAUAGUGUUACUCCCAAAACAACAGCUCCGCCCUCAUCUUCUUCGGGUUGGGCUGCUUGCUGAGCGUUUCAACCAAAGGUGAGAUAUCUUCAUGAUAUGCUCACCAUUUGCCCACAGUCGCCUACUUACUAACCAAACGGAAUAUCGUGGACGAGGAUUUUUACUACUUACAUCGAGCCAGAGUAUCAAACAGCCCUACCAAACGCCACUUUUCGACUGAACAGCUUUGCUUAACUUUCUACUUGAACAUGGAAGAUUCCAUGUAUAGUUGAUCACUGGCGCUUUACGUGAAAAGGGUCCACAAUCAGACUAGCAAUGCCAGCGCGGUGGAUAUAAACUGGAACUAAAUAACCAAGAAUUUUGGAAUUGUAUUUUUAAGAUCAUUUUAAAAGUUCUGGUAGCUGGUAUAUAGCUACGUAUAUAUUUAAUAAUCGAAGGAACUGCCUAACGAAUAGCCUAUAUGAUGACUCAAGUAAAGCUUUACUGUGGAUUCCUGUUGUUGCUUGCACCUUCAGGUUUAUUUGCUGCCUGUCCUGUUGAGAUCAGUCCCCCCUCUCUGGUGGUGAGGUAUGGAGAUUCUGCUUCUGCCACCUGUCGUACACUCGUACCCAUCAGUGGUAUGGGCUGGGAGUCUACUGUGGGGGCUGUGGGUUUGGAGGAGGGUGUUACUGAGCUCAACUGGACUGUGAAGGAGCUGAGAGAGUGGAUAAUGAGGCCACAAUGCUUCAUCAACCCAGAGGAUGGUGACCAGUGCCAGAAAGAACUUGCUGUUGUGGUAUACAAAAUGCCAGACAGUGUGACCCUGACGAUAGGUGAUCCUGGGCCAAAGGAUGCUGGCACGACAUACAUCCUUACUUGCCGCAUUGAAAACUUCACCCCUGUCCAGAACCUGAAUGUGAGGUGGUUUAAAGGAGGACAGGUGCUGGUUCAGGAAGUUGGUGGGGAAGAAGAUGACAGCAUUGGUCCACAGAACAAGACUUAUGAACGGCAACUCAUCUUCAAACCAUCUGACAAUGGAGCAGAGUACCGUUGUGAAGCUGGGCUAAAUUUGACGUCUGAU